UUGAUUAAAUAGCUCACUUUGCUGAUAUUUCGUCCGAAAUGUAUUUGAAAUUAGCCAUUUUGUCACUACUUCAAGCCACUUUCUUCCAAAACACGGAAACAACAAUCGUGUCAUGUUAUUACGAAAGCUGGCUUUUUGAAAAAUUCGCCCCUGAAGACAUUGACGUUUCAAUUUGCACUCACAUCAAUUACGCCUUUUUGGGGAUUCACCCCAAUGGCACUUUCCGACUCGAUGGAAGCGAAGAUAUUUUAAAACGGUUGGGGGCCCUCAAGUCGCUAAACCCUGACCUGAAAUUACUCAUAAGUGUGGGUGGUUGGGCCGAGGGCUCGACAACAUUCUCAGAGGUCGCUGCUGACGCCGAUAAGAAGAAAACUGCAGCUGAGAGCGCCCUCUACUACAUGCAAACGUACGAUUUUGACGGGAUUGACCUUGACUGGGAGUAUCCCGGCGAAAGGGGGGGAACCCCCGCUGAUAAGGAGAACUUCAUCGAUAUGUUAACAGUAAUAAGGGAGGUUUUUGACCAAAAUGGGGGAGGAUUAGUAACAGCGGCCGUUUGGGCGAUUCCGCAAAAAAGCAGCUACAAUGUUAAUUCCUUGUCCAAAAUUGUAGAUUACAUAAACGUGAUGACGUACGAUUUGCACAGCUCUGCUGAUAAUAAAACAGGGGAGAAUUCGCCACUUUAUCCCUCAUCUAGUGACAGUGACUGGGAGCGGGAAAAUACAAACUGUGACGCUUCGAUCAACAAUUGGUUGAAUAGUGGAGCUGAUCCGACGAAAUUGGUCCUAGGUUUGGGGUUCUAUGGCAAAACUUACGAACUUGCAGACCCUGGGGAACACACAGUUGGGGCACCAACGGUCGGGCCAGGGGUUGGCGGUGGAGGCCUAGGAUAUCCUGAAAUUUGCCAAUUGACCGACUGGACUGAGGCUUGGGAUGACGAACAACAAGUACCGUACAAAUACAAGGGGAAUCAAUGGGUUGGUUAUGAUGAUCCUAAAUCGAUCGGACUGAAGGUCCAAUAUGCCAAGGAACGCAAUCUGGGAGGUGUGAUGAUGUGGGCUGUGGACAUUGAUGACAAGGAUGGGGUCUGUGGCGAGAAAAAUCCUCUCCUAAAUGCAAUUAAAAAUAAUUUGUAAUUAAAUAUUAAUAAGUGAACAAUAAACUCGUCAAAGCAAUAAGUGUUGUUUUAUUGGCUU